CUCUUAUUUUAAAAUCUUAUUUUAUUUUUAUGGUCACACAUGUAUGAUUUCAAAUGUAGCUGAGUGAAAUGCAAAACAAGCUCAAGAAGAAGUAAAAGUUCAAUUUUUGUGAACAGCUUAAAGUACAAACACAUUGUACUUAAUUACAGUAAUGAGAGCAGCUAGUUAUUUUCCAGCCCCGUCCUAAAUAAACUACAGCGUCUUGCCCUUUUCUGUCCAGAAUGCAAGCAAAAAUGGCUCCAUCUCAGCCUUUAACACGAUUGGUCAUGUUUUAAAUGCUCUCGGUGAUGUUUUAAGUGACUUUGUCAUUUAUAGUGCUAAUUGAUCCAGUGUUUGCAAAGGUCAGGAUGAGAGAAAAACAGGAAGAUGAUUUUGGAGGUGAAAAGUUGGUGGGAGGAGCAUGGAAAUGUUGCUGAAACACAGGUGGAGUCGCCGGACUUGUUGGGUUUUAUCAACACACAUCAGGUUUCCGUAGCUCCUCGCAGCUACAGCAGGGCGGUCUGAGCCCAGACACAGAGCUGAGUGAAGCUGACACUUCACUCAGCCCAGACACAGAGCUAUCGGAGAGCAAAGCUGAUCCUCAGACCGCAGGAUGAACAGAGAGGAGCUGGCUCUAAAUGCAAUGGGGGACUAUGAGGGUCAGUCUGGUAAAAGGCUUUACUCCUUUGACAUGAACCACUAUGCCACUAAGAAGAGUGCAGCUCAGAGCAUGCUGGACGUUGCUCUGCUGAUGGCCAACUCGUCCCAGCUGAAGACCAUCCUGCAUGUGGGCCCAGAGUACCGCUUCUACGUCCCUCUCAUCGUUCUGCUCGCUCUGUCCAUCACGCUGCAGGUGGUGGUGGGACUGCUGCUCGUCUUUAUUGUGAAGUAUAAUCUGAAUGACGAACGGAAACGAACCAAGCUGGAGACGAUGAACAACAUGGCCACGGUGUUCGUCUUCUUCACGGUUCUCAUCAACAUCUUCAUCGCCGCGCUCGGGUUCCAGGGCCAGUCGAUGAGCGCACCUGUCAUCCCCUUAGAACCUCAGCUGCCUCCUUUGCCUGUUAACCUGACUAAAACCCGGGCCCUACAGGAAACUACGGCCCCUCACGUUCUUAUUUAACAUUAUUUUUUGUUUUAAAUAUAUAUGCAAACUGCUCGUCCCCAUACUUUUGAAUCAUAAAUGUAAUGCCUGUUUUUCUUAUGUUUUACAAACAUUUUUUUUUCUGGGUACUUUUUAUUCUAAAAUAUAAAACAGUCUUCAGUC